ACCGUGAAUGAUCAACAGACAGAAUGCAUUUGAAAACUGGAUUAAUAUUCUUGGCCAUUUGCCUUGCUCUCCAAGUUCAGGGAAGCAGAGAAAUCCCCAAUAAAACAAAUCGUGGUGAAGCCAAACAACUUGCAGAUGCCUCAGGCUCAGACAAAACAGAAAGAACAACGAAGAGGUCCAGAGUGUCAACUAUAAGGAGGAUAUUUGACAUGGCAAAACACCGAACAAAGAGAUCACCCUUUUUUUCUACUGGUGUGAAAAUUUGCCCACAAGAAUCAGUGAAGCAGAUUUUAGCCAGUCACCAAGCUUACUACAGAUUAAGAGUCUGCCAGGAAGCUGUGUGGGAAGCCUUUCGUAUUUUUCUGGAUCGGAUUCCCGAUACUUCUGAAUAUCAGAACUGGGUUACUGCCUGCCAGAGGGAAACCUUCUGCAUAUUUGACAUUGGCAAAAACUUCAGCAAUUCCCAAGAGCACUUGGAAAUAAUCCAACGGCGAGUAAAACAUAGAACCUUCCAGGAAAGGAAAGAUGAAAUAACCACAGACAAAACAGGUGGCAAAAAGCUGGAAGACAUUCCUUCUGUUUCUACAGGUCCCCCCAGCGUAUCCCUUUCUUACACACUGGUACCUAACAGAACACUGCUCAAUGAGAUUGUCAACGAGACCAAGACUCCUGUGAAGGAGCUAGGAACAAAUACAGUCCCAGAACUUCCUGCAGAACAAAUGGUAGAAUUCAGUGUCACUCUCACUGAUCAGGAAUACACAGCUGAACUCAGCGAUCCCAGCUCCCCACAGUAUCAACAAUUAGCUGCCAAAUUUCAACUACAGAUGCAAAAAAUAUUUGAGAAACUUCCAGGAUUUAAAGAAAUCCACGUAUUGGGAUUUAAGCAGAAGAAGGAGAAAGAUGGGUCAAGCAGCACUAUAGCGCGAUACAUGGUAAACUUUGAGAGAGAUGGCUCAGAAAUCAAAAGCACUGCAGAUGACAUCUCAACUAUUGGAUCAAAUAAGGUUGAAAAUGAAAAAGCACCACUCUCUGCAAAGGAAGAGAGGGAAAUAUCAGCAACCAAACUCACAGUAACGGACCUUCAGCAGCUGGUUGCUACAGCACUCCAUGAAGACAGGUCCCUACCAGUGGACCUUGGGACACUUCGGUUUACUGACGAACCUAUUCUACCGCCAAGUGAUUUCGAUAAUGACAUCCAAGGCAUGGUCACCAUUCCUCUGGCAGGCCCUGAUUUGGAUGACACCAUAAGCGCAGAACUCCCACUGGUUUAUCCCAGCCCAGCAACGGUGGACCAAACCAGAGGCUUCUUUGUUGAUGAAUUUACAACUGGAAUCUCUGAUCUAAGCAGAGAGAUUGGUGGACCUGAAGACUUUGAUAGUAAUUUUAUUACAUCUGAACCCGCAUUCCCUACCAAACCCUCCAGAGAACCACCUCACGACAAAUCUCCAGACACAGAAGAUAUCACUACUGAUUACCAAAGAUUCACAGUGCCUUUCAGUGCUCUGGUUAGCACAGACAGUCCUCCAAAGCCAGAGGAUUCCUACCUGCCUCCUCCAGCAGACGAGUCAGAGAGCAAGGACUUAAUCACCGAUGACAAUGAGUCUCCAACAGAGCAGGUUAUCACAUUGGCAGUUCAUACCACAGGUAGUUUUACCCUACCUACUUUCCUGCAAGCCACAGAUGAGCAUACUGAAGCUGAGAUGAAGAAAGAACUGCUUGGAGUAACAGAACCACCUUUCAAGGAAGCUGAUAGAGACAGUCUCUCUGGACAAGCAGUGAAGAUCAUGGAUGAACUAGAAUCAUCAGGUGAUGACAUUUUGGUUACAACCAGCACAUACAAAACGUUGCCUUUCCUUAUCGGUUCAAAUGAUCUGUUUGCCACGCAGCCAGAGGUCACUUUUACAGGAGCACUGCCACCAGACCAAACUCUACUGCCCACAGUGACCAGACCAUUCUACAGCCAUUCUGUUGUCAUUGACCAGUCCCCCGAAGUACCAGACACCUCAAUGCCAGAGGCUGCCAGCGCUCUUCCUGACCGUGCCAGCACAGGAGUGCAGGACAUGGCUGCUGAGUUGGACGGCACUGGUGUGAAGAGCACAGCAGUGCUGGAUGAGGCAGAGCAAGGCAGUGGCUACAUCUCAGUGCAGACAACUGAGCCUGCAGAAGUCACCCAGGCUCCCACACUGAAGUAUGUGACCACCAGCUCCAUGACAACGGCAGCCAAAGGCAAAGAACUUGUGGUUUUCUUCAGCCUGAGGGUAACCAACAUGCACUUCUCUGAUGAUCUCUUCAACCGGAGCUCACAGGAAUACAAAGCCCUAGAACAACAGUUCAUGCAAUUGCUACUUCCAUACCUCCAGUCCAACCUCACAGGUUUUAAGCAACUGGAAAUACUUAACUUCAGGAAUGGAAGUGUGAUUGUCAACAGUAAAAUGAAAUUUGCCAGAACAGUGCCAUAUAAUAUCACAGAAGCAGUACAUUGUGUUUUGGAAGACUUCUGUGACGCUGCUGCCCAACGCCUCAAUUUGGAGAUUGACAGCUACUCCCUGGAUAUUGAGCCAGCUGAUCAGGCAGACCCAUGCAAAUUCAUGGCAUGUGACGAAUUUUCCAAAUGCAUAAUGAAUGAGUGGACAAAAGAGGCUGACUGCCUUUGUAAACCCGGUUAUGCAAGCCAGGACGGAUUGCCCUGCCGGAGCCUGUGCGAAAUGGAACCUCAUCUUUGUGACAAUGGUGGGAAGUGUGAGUUAGUUCCAGGAAGAGGAGCUGUCUGCAGAAGGCCCACUCUCAGCAGCCACAAUUCAGAAAAUGCUGCAAGGAUGAACUCCGCUUUCGAACAUGAUGAAGCCAUAACUAGCUUUUACCACACGGUUUGUAGUGUAAGUGCUUGUGCCAGUAGCUCCUCAGAGACCACUGACCAAGAAGCAUUACACAGACUUGAAAACACAAUUCAGUAUGGAGGUAAAAUGCAUGGAACUUCUUUCCUUGUUCCUCAACACAUAGCACCACUCAAAUAACAGCUCCAUCUGCAUGUCUUACCUCUAUAACUAAAUUAAAUCUGAUCUUAAGCUCUUGCUCAGCAAUUUCAGAACUAAGAACACUAAUUUUGGUAUUUACUUUUUAGUUUUCACAUUUACUGUCAUCUUUGUUUCCUAACAGAAUGUAGAACUGCUUUUCUUACAGCUCUUUUGCAUGGCUUUGGUGCUCCACUCUAUCCAAGUGCCUUUUGUAAAUUAUUGAGUG